AACUAAUAAUAGCUUACACAGUCAAGUAAAUACGCAGUAAAUGCAUUGUCAACAUCAGUAAUAAAUUUUACGAAAAAAAUUAUUAACAAAUAAAAAUAAUAAUGGAAGUUGCAAUAUUUAGCGAGCGUAAAAAGUCAAAAAGUAGAGUAUGCUGCGCAGUUAGAGAGUGUCAGAGCAAAGCAAGUAAAAAUUUAAACGUAAUUUUCCAUAAAUUUCCGAAGGCUGGUGGUCAUUUAGUGUCAAUAGAAAAUUUUUUCGGUAAUUUUGAAAAAGUUGACAGAUUAAAAGCGUGGCAAAAAUUAUUAAGAAUAAAUAAAGUCACUCCUCAGAUGAAAGUUUGCUCCUUACAUUUUAAAAAAACCGACUAUUUAUUUCCAGACUACGAUUCAGGGAAAAAAUUUCUGAAAAAAAAUGCCGUUCCUUCAUGCAAUUUACCAAAGUCACUAGUAGCAAAAAAUCCAGUCAAAGAUGAAUCUCGGCUGCAAAGAAGACUAGUAAGACGAAAGGGGGUAGAAUUGACCGUAACACAAAAUACUAAACCCGAUCAAUCUGAUAUAGAAAUCAACGGAUCAAAAAACAAUCCGGAUACUGGUACUGGUACGUCAGCAGUGCAUUCUGGUGUUCCUGAGACGUCAAGCUCUGCACAAAAAGAAAUUAGUACCCAAGUAGAGACAUCGUCUUUUACCAUCACAGUUAUGAAUUUACUGACAUCAGAAAAUGACUUUUCGACUGCUACAGGAAUCCAAUCUUACAAAAUUUUUAAUACUAUUGUUAGACGGGUAGAAAGUGUGUAUGGGGAAGAUUUAUUAAACUUCAAGUUGACUUUGAGAGAACGAAUCAUUCUGACGUAUGUAAAAUUAAAGCAAAACUUAUCAUGGGCGUUUUUAGCUGUAAUUUUCAAAAAAUGUACUGCUGCACAAUGCCGGCAUAUAUUUUACACAACUUUAGACAUGUUGUUCAAGUGUUUAAAAAUUUUGAUCCGAUGGCCACCGAAAGAAGAAAUUUCGCGAAAUUUACCGGAAUGUUUUAAAGACUUUGAACACACCAGAGUUGUUGUAGAUUGCACUGAAAUAUUUAUUCUGGCUCCAAGUAAACUGUGUUGCCAAGAACUGCCUUCUUCGAAUCACAAAAAUUCUACGACAUGUAAAAUAAUGACUGGAAUUACCCCUGGGGGAUUAAUUUCCUAUUUUACUAAACCUUAUGGAGGUAGACUUCUUGACACAGAAUUAUUCGAGCAAAGUGAUCUAAUAAAAUUAUUAGAACCCGGCGAUGCUGUGAUGACUGACAGAGGAUUUUUUAUUGAUGAACUUUGCACCCGGAACAAUUGGAAACUUAUAAGACCGCCGCUGAUUAAAGAUCAAAAGCAAUUGAGCAGAUGUGAAGCGAUAUUGGCAUCAAAAAUUGCUGAGGCUCGAGUUUACGUUCAAAGAUUUAACCAGCAAAUAAAAGCUUUUGCACUUGUAGGUGGAACAAUGUCUGCAGAACUAGUACCAGUACUCCAUGAAAUUUUUACAGUUGUUUGUGCCACAGUAAAUUUAAGCUCUCCCAUAGUUAAUGAUGAUAAGUCCAUGAAAAAUUAAAAACAGUAUUACUUUUAAAGAACUUAAUCAUGUCAUCAAUUGUUAAUUUUUUAUUGAUGGCAGUUUAUUGUUAUAACGAAUACUGUAGUAGUUAUUUUUAAGUCAACUUUUUAAAUUAUUUUUAUAAUAAUAAAUUAUUACAUCAACAGUAUCAUACUGUAAACAUGCUUGUAG